UAGAUUCUUUGGGAAGGCGAAAUUGAAUUCGUUGGGAUUCUGAAAUAAGUGUCUAUAAUAUGUUUUUUUCUAAUAAAUACUAACGUGUGCAACAAUUUUUAUUUAUUGGUAACGUGAAAGAAAGUAGGUAGUUGUUUCAAGGUGUUUAUUAUCGUGACUGUUGCAUUUCUUAUCAUUUCAUCUUCAUGAAAAUGGUUUUUGUUCGCAAAAUAACAAUAAUUGAUACAGAAAUAUAUUUUCUUUAGGAAUGAUAGCAAAAUUAUUCAAUCGACCAGUAUGUGCAAUACUGAGAAUAAGCACAAGAUUCAAAGCUACAGAAGCAAAUAACUAUGUUGUAGCCAAGGAAGUAGGUGAUAAAGGGAUAUUAACACUGAACCGACCAAAUGCGUUGAAUGCAAUCAACAUUGAUAUGCUCAAAAUACUUGCGGCAACAAUACAGAAAUGGAGUGACACCAAAUCUUUGAUAAUUGUCAAGGGACUUCCAGGAAUAGCAUUUUCUGCAGGAGGUGAUUUGAUUGGAUUCGAUGUAAACAAAGACAAUCCUAACUAUGGAAGAGAGGUUUGGCAAACCGAAUUGGUAAUGAAUCACACGAUUGCAAAUAUGAAAAUUCCAUACGUUGCGCUCAUCGAUGGUGUCACAAUGGGCGGAGGUGUAGGCAUUUCAGUUUAUGCUAAAUAUUGCAUUGCUACGGAAAAUACCCUAUUCGCAAUGCCAGAAUCAGCUAUUGGUCUUUUUCCUGAUGUGGGCGCGUCGUACUUUUUCUCACGGCUUCAAGGGAAACUUGGCUAUUACCUGGGAUUGACUGGUCUCUAUUUUGCUUUGAAAGAAUUUUUGCUCAGUACUUCUGCAUAUGUUCCCUUAGGCCAAGACGUGUUACAUGCUGGUCUUGCCACACAUUACUGCCGAAGUGCUGAACUUCAGAAAAUGGAGAAGGCACUACUAAAAUUGAAGGAUACUAAACACGUCGACGAUGUCAUCAAUGAAUUCUGUCCAAAGCCCAAUUCAGAAUUCAGCCUAUCUAAAAAUAUCGAUCAAAUCGAUAAAUGUUUCAACGCGUCCUCUGUUGAAGAAAUUCUAGACAAUUUAGAGAAGGACAACAGUGAAUGGGCUAAACAAACAACCAAAACUCUUCGACAACUCUGUCCAACCAGUGUGAAGAUUAUGUUCCGUAAUUUGCAACUCGGUUCAAAUCAAUCAUUUGCCGAAUGCUUGCAGAUGGAAUAUCGUGUGGUACUUCGUGUGAUUGCCGGCAAAAAUUUUAUUGAAGGGUGUCGUGCUUUGCUAAUCAGAAAAGAUAAAAACCCGAAAUGGGAUCCAUCACGUAUCGAAGAUGUCACCGAGGAAGAAAUAUUGGCGCUUUAUGAACCAUUGCCAAACAACGAAUACGUGAAAUUGAAAGACUCCAGUGCUCUAAAUCAAUAUGGAAUCGAAAAAUAAUGUCAAUAAGAAACUAUGAAUAUAUGUGAAUAUUCUGAAAAUAGCUAAAAAAAAGCACCGAAAAAAUGAAUUUUUCUGUUAUUAUUUUUGUGGAGGGUCUUGUAUUAUUUCGGGGAGUUUUUUUUAUUUUACUUUUCCGCAAACAAAGUUUGUUAGGAAAAGGAUUUUGGGAAGGGUUUUUAAAAUAAUUAAUUUGAUUUGUUUAUUUCAGAAACUUGUUCUUCUAAUUUGACUCGAAAUUGUAAAACAAGAAAAAAGUUUCAUAAAUUUUAUUAUAGAUUUAAUUAAAUAAUUUAUUUAUUUAUUGAUCUAAUGCAGAUCCUUUACAAUAAUCGUCUAACUUAAAUCGUUUUUAAAUAUUUGUACGUGAAUUUAAUAUCAUCAAGAACGAUGUAAGAAAAAUCUAGUAUGAAUAAAAUUGUUAUGUUUCGAA